AUGGAGAGAGAGAAGCGAGGGGACCCAGUAGGUAAUACUGGAAGUUGCCUUCAUCCUCUCUGGAAUUGUUCCCACCUAGCCAAAUUAUAUCUUGUAACCCCUUACGUUCCACUAGCAUGUGGGUCAAGACGUAACAAGGGCCUAGUUUCCCGCCAUCCUUCACGAGCCCAAAUGAACCCGGAAGCACUGUUACCAGCUGGUGGAGAGAAUAUGUUGCACUGUACUGACAUGACAGUGCUUGAGAGACAAAGGGCUCGUAUCAAAUGGCAACAAGAACAACACCAGCAGCAGCAACAUGUUCAACUACAACAGCAAGAGAGUAGUUAUUUUAGUGAAUUGACUGGUGUGUUUCAACAAGCUGGGUUUCAUGAGGGGUUAAGUGAGGUGGUGACCCGGUCUGUGAAAACUGACCCAGGUUUGGUCGAUAAUGCGUGGAAUAAUGAUCACGUUAUGGGGUUUGGUUUUGGGCCGCCAUAUAAUAACGGUUUGGGUUUUGAGUUGAAUUAUGGUACCAUUUCGAGGACUUCUAGCUGCCCGCCGGCCGCAGCCGCGGCGGCGGCGGCAGCGGCUCCGGCCACAGUGAAAGUUGCAGAGUCUGUUGCGUCAGAUAAGAUUAGUUCCGGGGUUGGAAGAGAGAGUUCGAAGAAGAGAAAGGUUGAUAAGGUGCAAAAUAACCCAAAGGUUGUUGCAGAAGAGGACAUCAGGGACAAGAGAAUCAAAGGAUGUGUAGAGGAAGGAGAGUCAAAGAUCACAGGGAAAACUAACAACAAAGGCAGUAGCAGCAAUAACACCAGCAACAGCAACAAAAACAAUAACGGUAAAAAAGAAAAUUCUGCUGAGACUUCAAAGGACAAUUCCAAAGUAACUGAGGUUCAAAAGCCAGAUUACAUUCAUGUCCGGGCACGUCGUGGUCAAGCUACUGAUAGCCACAGCUUAGCUGAAAGAGUGAGGAGGGAAAAGAUCAGUGAAAGAAUGAAAUAUCUGCAAGAUUUGGUACCAGGUUGUAACAAAAUCACUGGAAAGGCAGGCAUGCUUGAUGAAAUCAUUAACUAUGUUCAAUCACUUCAACGACAAGUAGAGUUCUUGUCAAUGAAACUAGCUGUCUUAAAUCCAAGGCUUGACUUCAACAUUGACAACUUUUUUGCCAAAGAGCAGGAUUUCCCUGCUUGUUCAACCAAUUUUCCCACAAUUGGGAUGUCAUCAGAUAUGACUAAUCCUGCAUACGUUCAGUUUAAUCAAUCACAACAACAAUUAGUUACAUGCUGUGGAUUGGAUAUGGGGAUAAAUCCUCCUGAUAUGGCGCUUAGAAGAACAACUAGUGCUCCUGUAUCUAUUCCCGAAACGUUUCUUGACUCAUCCUGCUUCACUCAAAUCCAGCCCCCACCAACUUGGGAUGCUGAUCUACAGAAUCUUUACAAUGUAGCAUUUGAUCAAGGAAGACAAACAUCCUUCCCAACUCAGCCAUUUACAGGUUCUAUUGAAGCUAGCAAUCUGAAGAUGGAGAUGUGA